GCCGGGUAUUUCAGUGUUGCGUCGAUAAACGCAACCGAGGGUCGUAAAUUGUAAAAAAUCUAUAUAAACAUCUCUGUUAUUGUGUUUUAUUUGAAUAUAACAGAAUACAGUGCACGCGAACAAUGAGUGCACAAGUGAAUCGAAGCGCGACGCGCAUCCACAUAUGCGCGAGCGUCUCGUUUUGAAGAGCACUCCAGAGCACUCAUUAGCCGGUGCACCGUAACUGCGCUGCGGUUGGGAGGAAACAACGCGUGCUAUACGGGCUAUUAGAAAGUGUAAUGUAUAUUGUGCGAUGCUGUCGGUGGGCAAGCCCGUGUCGCUAGUCCAGCAGAAGAAGCAACAGUGGGCCCAGGAGAGAGGUGCGUACGCGGUGCGUGCUCCCGACACACGCGGUGUGGCGCGCGGUAGCUGGCGCGCAUUCAGAUAGCUUUGCACUGUUUUGCAACAACUCAGUCGCGGUUUAGUAGACAGAAAUAGUGACCAUUGUCACCAUAACCGUCUACCGGUCAGCACGAAACGCUUGGUUGAAGAAACGCUGAUAGAAAUUGGUGCAAUUAUUGAAGGAGAUGUCACACCUUUAUCUACCAUGGGGAUCAGGCGAGCGGUACACUAACCGUUUGCAAGUGCGAAACCAAUUCGCGAGUUCUCUCGAAUUGCACAAACAGUCCUCAUACGAGUACCAGGAGCCGAUACAACGGCACAGAAGUCCGAGCCUACCACCAAUACACAAUAUAGAACUGAAUAAAUCUCUAGAAGAUAGAAGACACAAGGAGGUUUUAAACAGAAACCUGUCGAGCGCCAAUAGAUUCGCGUUUUACGACGAAGAUGCAGAAGGUGACACUUCCGGAUACGGUAGUGAAACAAUAAAUAUCAAGAACCAGUGCGAAUCGUUCCAUAGGGGACACCUUAAUCAUAGAAAUGAUAAUGUUGUCGCCUGGCAAGAAAACGGAAAAAGUAACAGGAAACAACCUUCAAGCGGGCGGUCAGGUAUGACGGACGGUGCUUUAUCUGCUCGGAGCACAUCCGGCCCUGAGGAGGGGCGACCGCGCUGGGGGGACCGGGGCGUCGCUACCGGCAGGCUGUGGGAACCCACUGCCCCCACUGAGAGACUGCCUCAGAUGCCAAAUCAAAAGAGGGGUACGCCAUCAUGGGUCGAGCGUGGACUGAACAUGAUCGAUAGCGCGUCCGAUGUACUAGUCAUCGACCAAAGAAGUUCUACGAAUUCUGGACUCGACUGCGAUCGAUCGUCCUUUAACGGUAGCGAUGAAGGAAGGACUUUCCUAAGAGGACAAAAUGCCCCAUUAGAACCAGAAAUUAAAGCUCAAAGAGAAAAUAAGCGUAUCAAAGCGUUAGAACUGCAAUCUGCUAUACUGAAUCAACUAGAGGAACGAGAGAAACUACGACAAGAAGAGAGAGAAAGAAAAUUGAGGGAAGAACGCAUAGAAGAAUUAAGAAUACAGAAACAACAAGAAGAAGAUAGAUUAAGACUCGAAGAAGAAAAAAGACGAUGUAAAGAAAAACAACUUCUCGAGCAACGCAAAUUGGAAACACUGAAAAAAGCACUUGAAGAUGCGGAAAAGAAAGCAAAACAAGAUAAAGAGAAGAAAUUUAGUUUUUAUAGACGAACAAUUUCCGUUGAUGAAGCAAGCGGGAACGACAAGAUCGAUGAUUCCAUUCCAUGUGAGGCAGCACAGGCGAGUCCCACAAAAAGCUGUAGUCCAUCUAAAACUCAUAGAACCUAUAACGUUCAGUCAGCAGCAAGUCAAAAAGAAAACAACUCACAACAAACUACUGCCUUUAAUUCGCCUAGAUCUAUAGCAGCCAGUAAUUUAAAUUUGUUUAUCCAUAAUGUGCCACCUCUUACUCUAACGGAUAAUCAAUUUAAUAUUGUGCCAAUUGGAAUAACCAGUGCUACUGAAAUAGUAAAUGGCCAAUCAAAUAAUAUACAACUAGCAGUAUUAGUACCUCAAAAUAAAAAUGUAUACAGUAUGUCAUUAAAUUCUAUUGAAAAUAUUCAUGAACUCGGUGAGAUUCAAAAAAUACUCACACCUAGUAAAUAUCGUUCCCUAAGAACAAAGGAUGUAUUUACACAGACUGAUACAGAAUUUAUAUGUACACCAUUUUACGAAAGAGUAGAAAAAGAAGAAAUCGAAAGAAUUAUUGAUAAGCAUAACCCAAAUAUUGACGAGAAUGCGCCUCAAGAUCACCGCAGCAGUACAAAAAAAGAUCGACGUUUACGAUCAGAAGAAAGGUACAAAAAAGAUAUUGAAAAUCGUCCUAAGUGGGGCGCAAAUAGACCUGUGGCACAAUAUAAAAAACAAAGCGAAAAAGAUCCAUUCUAUACCCAAAAAAGGAAAAUUCGACAAAAAUAUCGACCUCAAGUAAGGCAAUAUAUUUCGCAAUCAAGUGAAGAUAGUCGAUCCCCAAGUCCACAGACAAGAAGUGAAAACACUAACAAUAAAGUAAAGCAAAGACACUCGUUAAGUCAAUCCUACUGGAGAAAUAAAAGAUGUAGUCUAGAUUUCACAACAAGUAAUUCAUGUGAUAUAGCAAAUAAUACUGUUCCUGAAUUUACAUCAUUAGCUCAAAUAACAGGGGACGUAAAACUAGAACAUAAAAAAUCACCUAAAGUAUCACCUUCGAAAAGACUUACUUUAUCUCAAAAGUUUAUAAAUGAUAAAUACGGAAGUCGAAAAUUAUGGUCAGAUGAUGUAAACGAAAGAACUUCUAAAUUUUGUUUGAGCGAUCUAGAUAACCCAAGAAGAAAUGGUGAUAGAAUAAGUAUGUUCAAAAAAGAUAUCAAUGAAAAAACAGAGGACCAAGAGAACUUAAUAUCAAAGUUGAAACUUUAA